UUGCAGCAGACAUGGCCACAGCUGGUAAGGUCAUCAAGUGCAAGGCAGCCGUAGCCUGGGAGCCCAACAAGCCCCUGGUGAUCGAGGACAUUGAAGUGGCUCCACCUCAAGCCAACGAGGUUCGCAUCAAGAUUGUGGCUACCGGGGUGUGCCACACAGACCUCUACCAUCUGUUUGAAGGGAUGCACAAAGAUGGCUUCCCAGCGGUCCUUGGCCAUGAGGGAGCUGGAAUAGUGGAAAGUGUUGGUCCCGGAGUUUCCGAAUUUCAACCAGGAGACAGGGUUAUCCCCCUGUUUAUCUCUCAGUGUCGGGAAUGUCGCUUCUGCAAGAGUCCUAAAACCAACCAGUGUGAAAAAGGAUGGGCUGCUGAUCACUAUGAUGUCAUGGCGUUGGCUGACUCCAGGUUUACCUGUAAGGGGAAGAAGGUGUUGCAGUUUAUGGGAACCAGCACCUUCUCUGAGUACACCGUGAUGAACCAGAUUGCUGUGGCCAAGAUUGACCCGGCUGCUCCUCUGGAUAAAGUCUGCCUCCUUGGCUGUGGUGUCUGCACUGGAUUUGGAGCUGCGGUUAACACUGCCAAGGUUGAGCCGGGCUCCACGUGUGCAGUCUUUGGUCUGGGAGCUGUGGGCUUGGCAGCCGUCAUGGGCUGCAAGUUUGCUGGAGCAAAAAGGAUCUUCGCCGUUGACACCAAUCCAGAGAAAGCGGAGAAGGCCAGAGUGUUCGGCGCCACUGAUUUUGUCAACCCCAAGGAUUACAAUAAACCAAUCAGCAAAGUCCUAGCUGAGAUGACCAACGGGGGCGUUGACUACUCUCUGGAAUGUGUUGGUAAUGUGGACGUCAUGCGCAGUGCCUUAGAGUCUUGUAUGAAAGGAUGGGGUGUCAGCGUGGUCGUUGGCUGGACAGACAAACACGACUUUUCUGCUCGACCCAUUCAGCUCAUUGCUGGACGGACCUGGAAGGGAACACUCUUUGGAGGGUUUAAGAGCAAGGAUGGCGUCCCACAGAUGGUCAAAGCUUACAUGGAGAGGAAGGUGAAGCUGGAUGAGUUCAUCACUCACAACAUGACUUUGACUCAAGUCAAUGAAGCCAUUGAGCUGAUGAAGCGUGGAGGAUGCAUCCGGACAGUCCUGAGUGUUUCCCGACAAUAAGCCCACAGUGUUGCUUCAUCUCAUACCAACAAGAUCUCUUCAGUCGUAACGGAAACCCUCUGUGCUAUCAGAAGCUUAAAGGAAAGCAUAUGUAAACCAUUGAUUGAGAGGUCUCAUGGGCUUAAGUCUUUAUGAAACGAAAUAAACAUUCAAACUGGCA